ACUGGGCAAUAACGAGGAGGGGACGAAGAAGAAGGAGAAGGAGAAGGAGAAGGGGAAGAAGAUAGGGGAGGAGAGGAAGGCGGAGGCGAAGGAGAAGCAGGAGGAGACGGAGAAAGGGGAAAAAGAGGAGGAGGAGAAGGAGGAGGAGGAGGAGGCGAGAAAACGUGUGCCACAUGUGGAAAUGCGCCGGUUUGUAGCACAAAUCGCCAGUGGCAUGUGUGCUCUGGAGGCCAAACACAUCCAGCAUCGUGAUCUGGCAGCUCGCAACAUUCUCCUCACCCACGAUCGUCAGAUCAAGAUCGGUGACUUCGGUCUGAGUCGUGCCGAUGGCUCGCACUUCACCUGUGGUCGAAUAUCAACGCGAUGGACGGCGCCGGAGGUGUUGGAGAGUGAGGCAAACUUUACACUGCGCUCGGAUGUGUGGUCCUUUGGUGUGGUGGUGUGGGAGAUCUACAGUCUCGGCAGUCUGCCCUACAGUGAGGUGCCAAAUCAAGAGUUGCUGACUUACCUUCGUAGUGGUCGUCGAUUGGAUCCACCAUGUGACACGCCAAAGAGGAUGGUCAGUCUCAUGGAUGAGUGUUGGCAGAUGUCGGCUUCACUUCGUCCAUCGUUCGCGGAAAUCGAUUCCUACAUGCAUGGAUUCCCCUUGCAUACACCUCCCCUUAUAUCGCCUCUUCUGCCCGCGAAACAUGUUUCCUCCGUUUUUUGA